CCGGCUGUGCCAAACUCGCGAAGGCGCUCUCCGGGGGAGACUGGAAAGAUGCUGGUUGCGGAGGCCGCCGAGCGGAACAAGGAGCCCAUCCUGCGGGUGUUGCGGCAGUACGUGGACUCGGCCCAGCGCGGCGUCCGCGUGCUGGAAGUGGCCUCGGGCUCGGGCCAACACACAGCCCACUUUGCGCGAGCCUUCCCCCACGCGGAAUGGCAGCCGUCCGACGUGGACCAGCGCUGCCUGGACAGCAUCUUGGCCACCACUCAGGCCCACGGGCUGCCCAACGUGAAGGCCCCGAUGUACCUGGACGUGAGCUGGGAUUGGAAACAGUGGGGCGGGAUCCUGCCGCAGUCGCUGGACCUGCUGCUCUGCAUCAACUUGAGCCACAUCAGCCCCCUGAGUUGCACUGAGGGCCUGUUCAGAGCAGCAGGACACCUGCUCAAACCCAAGGCUGUGCUCAUCACCUAUGGGGCCUAUGCUGUCAACGGGAAGAUUUCUCCCCAGAGUAACGUGGACUUUGACCUGACUCUCAGAUGCAGGAACCCCGAAUGGGGGCUACGGGACACCUCCCUUCUCAAGGACCUGGGCCAGGCCAGCGGCCUGCUCCUGGAGAGGAUGGUGGACAUGCCAGCCAACAACAAGUGCCUAAUUUUCCGAAAACAGUAACUCCCUCUUCCACGAUACCUGUGUUCCUGGACAAAGCCUCUGCCAUCCUGGGCCAGACUGUGGGGUGUGACCCUGCUGACUGGGGAUUCUUGACCAGUGGCCACAGGGCUGCUGAGAACCUGAGAAUAAAGUCUUUCCUGCUGCCCCA